AUGAAGUUCUUCAGCACACUCUCGCUAUUGAUCGGCGCAGCCUCCGCCGCCGCGAUCGCCGGUCGCCAGGACAGCAAGACCCCCGAUACAUUCCACCUCAAGACCUCAGACUCCGAGAACUCCGCCCACAACGACCUCUACGUUUACGGAUACCAUACUGGCGCUGGUCUCAACGAUGCGGUCCUUACGUCGGAUAUCGAGACAGCAAGCAAGGCCUACCUGAACGGCACCACUGUCCUGUUUGACUACAACACGAACUUCCCCUGGGGCUUGGCUCCUGUGGGCGUUACCAACUAUGCCGCAUGGCAAUUUGUCCAGAUCAACGUCGGACCCGGCCAGGAGGGCUUCUCCAUCAACGGCACUGGCUUGCAAUGGUCGGAACAGAAGGGAUUCGGUGGAUGGCUAGUAUGCGACUGGUGGCACAACGAACCGCAGCUUUUCUACAUCUACCGAUACUACGAUGCGAAGUACCCCGCCUCCUGCAGCGAGGUGAAGCUUGUGACGGAACCCACUGCGUGA